GAACUGCCAAAGUGGAGGAGAAGGUUGCUUUAUAUCAGCGUCGCCUCACCUUAAGGUACCCGACAGGAGGCGCUGCACGAACUUUUUCGUAGGUGCCCGCGCGAUCAGUGCGAUCCCCUACAUAAAGCCACGGACUUCCUUGCGCGAGCACAAGGACGGCGCCAUGCCUAACGACCGGUACCAGGCUCUUCCCGAAGACGCGCCAGCACAAUCACGAGCUGCCGCCGCACCAUCUGGGACGGGUGCCCACUGUUCUCGGCUGCGGCAACUUGCCGUCCGAAUACCGCGCAGCCGUGCGUGUCGAAGAAGGAGCUUCCACGAGGGUGACAGAGAGGCUCCGAUACUCGACGAAGAGCAGAACUGCCACUUUUCUUGGUCGUCGUCCUCUCCUUCGCCGUCUCCAGAGCCCCGCGGUGCCAACCGGGAACUGCCCUCCGACAUCGAGCCUUCGCCAUUUUGUACGUCCCCGGGUAACCUUGUCUUUGUUGAUUCGAGCCCAGAAAGCGAAGGAAAGAACAAGAAAAUAGUUAUCGUGCCCCCUGCGGACGUUUUCCAGGCCUCUUCUCCAAGCUCGAACCAAAGUAGCGACUUCGAAAGCGACCCGAAGUGGUCUGGCAGUCCUGCACAGACACCUGCCAGUUGUCUCAACGUAACGGCGAGUAGCGGACCCAUAUGCCGCAUUUGCCACGAGGGAGACCAACAGGACUCGCUUGUGUCGUUGUGCAGGUGCUCGGGCACCAUGGGCCUCGUGCAUGUCAUCUGCUUAGAGCGCUGGCUGAACACCCGAAACAUAGACCAUUGCGAACUUUGCCACCACCGCUUUCCUACCGCGGGCCAACCCUCUUGCGUACGCCGCUUCUUCCACUGGGCGCUGCACGGCAAUUCGCAGCGGGCGGUGCUGGGAGACUUGUUUUGCUUCGCACUCCUGACGCCGGUGACCGCGCUGAGCUUUUUCUUGUGCACCCACAACGCUUCGAAGCAAGCGUUCGAAGGCCGCAUCAUUGAGGCGGCCAGCCUAGUCGCUCUGGCCGGACUCUUGGUCACAGCCUACGCGGAAUGGGCGUUCCUCGCGGUUCGCUUCCAAUACCGAGCUUUCGCGGCAUGGCAGGCAAGGAAUCCGAUGCACAGAAUCCUGGCACCGCCUUUACCUAGGGGAGCAGCUGCAGGUGGACAAUACAGGACGACGGAUGGUCAAUCUGGGGGCGUGCGAGGGAUGAUGGACGUCGUCGCUGGAAGCGUCGAGACCGGGCGCGCACGUCCACGGAUAGGGUCAAGGCGGCGGCCUUCGAGCUGCUUUGGAACCUUCGCCUCACGUUUUGCCGGAAGACCUGCCUGCUGUGCUGCAGUAGCCAGCCUACGCGCUCGGGCCAUUUGCAGGCUUCGUGUUUUGGUAGAUCUCUGUUGCAGUUUCCAUACACAUUCUCAUUCCUUUUAGCGUCUAAGCAAUAAGAUGCGUUAAGUAUUCCUUUUAAUUUAAGCACUUCUGGCAGACUGUUAGCGCUGUGCAACAUCGCCUGUUUUAACUUUUUACUGUAUACUUUACCGCAAAUAAAGACAGUUUUCACGUA